AUUACUAGGCUAGUAAUGACCACACCAUUGGUAGAUGUCAAGGUAGCUAAUGGGUUUUUUCUUCCUCUUUUUUUAGUGGUCACAGGUGCCACAGAUGGAAUUGGAAAAGCCUAUGCAGAAGAGUUAGCAAGGUGUGGAAUGAAAGUAGCUCUUGUCAGCAGAUCUCAAGAAAAGCUAGAUCAGGUUGCCAGUGAAAUAAAAGAGAAGUUCAAGGUGGAAACAAAAAUUAUUGUUGCAGACUUUGGAGAGAGAGAAGAUAUUUACACUACAAUUAAAGCUGCAUUGGAAGGCCUAGAGAUUGGUGUUUUAGUCAACAAUGUAGGGACUUCAUAUGCUAAUCCAGAAUAUUUCCUUGAUGUUCCGGACCUGGAUAAUACAAUCAACAAAAUGAUAAACAUUAACAUCAUGUCUGUUUGCAAGAUGACACGCUUGGUGCUGCCCGGCAUGCUGGAAAGAUCUAAAGGAGUAAUCCUGAAUAUCUCCUCAGCUAGUGGCAUGUUUCCAACUCCUCUGCUUACUCUCUACUCUGCAACAAAGGCUUUUGUGGAUUUCUUCUCUCAAGGCCUCCAUGCGGAGUACAAGAGCAAGGGCAUUAUUGUGCAGAGUGUUUUACCAUUUUUUGUGGCUACAAAAAUGGCCAAAAUCCGCAAACCAACCUUUGAUAAACCCAGUCCUGAGACGUAUGUAAAAGCUGCUCUUGGCACAGUAGGCCUGCAGUCACGGACCAAUGGGUAUCUGCCCCAUGCUAUAAUGGGCUGGUUCAUGACUCUUCUCCCUACCUCAACUGCUGUAAACUUAGCAAUGAGCCAAAACAAGAAAUUGCGGGCUCGUUUCUUGAAGAAAAUGAAAGCAAACUAAGUUGUUGUAAUGGGAUCAGACGCUGUGAUACCUUCUGGCUCAAUACCCAUGUAUUACACCAAAUAAAUUUAAUUGUAUUUAAAAUCUUCUAGUGUAGGUCAUAUUUUCUCACAGGACCAAGCAUAAUCUUUGACUGGGAUUGGGGUGGAAGAUGAUUUCUGGCUUUGACUAUGCUUGAUUUGUUAAUCAUGUGCAACUAUUGAAUAUUAAAUAGAUAUAGUAACUAGCUUCGUGUAAUGUACUUACAUUAGUGAAUGGAGAAUUGUCAGAAGCCUGGUGAUAGAGGGAAAAAGUACUACCUGGUCACUUAAAUGGUUAGUGUCAAAUGGCCGGUACUUAAUAAUAAAAUAAUGAAGUUGAUUGGCAUUCACUUUUAAGUUUUUCACUCCAGGACAAGUCAGUUACAUGAAGUCCACCUGUUUUCUAAGUUAGCUAUGCGUGGAUGGGAGGAAGAAUUGCAGAAGUCUGUCUUUCAGCUAUACUGCUGUGAUGUAAGCUUUACUUAAAAACAAAAAACCUAGACAAAACCUCUGUUCACUGAUGUAACUAAUACUCAGUUCAGAUUCAGAACUCUCCCUAAGAGUCUGUGUAGCCAGUCUGUGAUGUCUCCCCCAUAUUUCAUUUAAUGAGUUGAAUGCAUACUAGAAUUCCUGGGGGAGGAGUUUUUAACUUUCUCGGGUUGUACUUGUGUGGCUCUUAUGUCCAAGUCUCUAAUGAAAACAGUUUCUGUGUUAGUCUGUCCAUUUUUUAAAUUGGCUCAGUUAAGAGGGACCAUAUACUUUAGUAUGUUGGCUUUAAAUCCUGUAACUCCACUGUCUUCAUCUGCAGUACCGAAAUGUAUUAAUGUGUCAACACUUGAGUGUUAGUAUAGAAUUUAAAUUGAAGGAUCUGCAAUGAUCUGAUUAUGAAAUGGAGGAAAAUGGGCCAAAAUGCAAAAUGAGUGAUUUGCUCUUACAUAUUCUAACAUGCUAACUACAGCAAUUGUUUAAAUUUUUGACUAUUAAUGUUAACUUUUCAGUGUGU